UCUCCAGUCAGUCGUCCUGGUCCUGCUUGGAGAGAGACGACGACAUCAGCAGCAGCACGGCAUUCCGGUGAAACACCAUGCAUCUUAGGCUGAAAAGACGACCGGAGCCUCACAUUAUUUCGCUUUCCUAUUUUUGAUUUCCGUUUUUUUGUUUCGCCUUUUCUUUCUUUUAUUCCCCCCCUCCCUCCUCCUUUUCACCCAGUCUCUGACGCGCAAGGACACUACAGCAUCCAUCCACGGCAGAAACGCUCGCAUAGAGCAUCCUCUGUACAGACGCACCACCAUCCUCCUCCUUCUUUCCUUCCUCCUACUCUCCUCCUCUCCUCUCUCCUGUUCUGUUCUAACCCAGAGGACAUCGGGACCUCUUCUCCCCCCCUUUUGCCCGGAGACAUGGAUCUAUGGUUUCAUUCGAUCCGGAUUUGCUGGUGGAGGGUUUUGUUUCUGAUGAGUGUUUUCCAGGACUAUCUGAGCUCCAUGCUGGACUGCCCGCCGACCUGCAGCUGCUCUCAAACAGAGAUCUAUUGCAAUAAGUCCGACAACGGCAGGUUUUUCCCUUUACUCGCCCUGCAAGACACUGGGAGCAAUGGGACCACCGUUGACAUAGCAGAGUUAUUCAAAAACAUCAGCUCUAUACACAUAGAGAACUGGACAGGGUUGCAGACUCUGAGAGACGUCGAUAUGGAGCUCUACACUGGACUACAGAGACUAACUAUCAUGAAUUGCAACCUGAGGGUGAUCCAGGCUCGAGCGUUUGCUCAGAAUCCACACCUACGCUACAUAAACUUGUCAAAGAAUCCUCUCACCACUCUGUCAUGGCAGCUCUUCCAGCACCUCCAACUCUCCGAGCUGCGUCUAGAUGGCGUGGUGUUUGACUGCGGCUGUGAUAUUCGCUGGAUCCAGCUGUGGCAGCAGAGAGGAGAAGCCGGGCUCCAUACCCAGCAGCUGUACUGCAAGAACGGAGCCUCCAAGAUACGACUGCACAACAUGUACAUCCACAACUGUGACUUGCCAGAGAUCAGUGUGAGCCACAGCAGCGUGUUGGUGAUGGAGGGUGACAAUGUGACUGUGAGCUGCAAUGGAUCCGGAUCGCCGUUGCCUGAAGUGGACUGGACUGUCGGCGGCCUGCACUCCAUCAACACACACCUGUCCAAUGUAUACUGGCCGAACAUCCACUCUAUCAACCUGACUCUGUUCAACAUCAGCCGAGAUGACAACAACUUCCAGCUGACCUGCAUUGCAGAGAAUGUGGUGGGGAUGACCAACUCUUCCAUCCAGCUCAACGUACAAUUUCCUCCAGUCAUCCUGAGACUGGCUGAGCCUGAGCAGCGCCAUGAUACCUGCAUCGAGUUCACGGUCCGCGGUUACCCCCAUCCCAAGCUGCGCUGGUUCCACAAGCAAAAGGAGAUUAUCCUGAACGAGUACAUCCGAACUGAGAUGGACUUCUACCAGGACUAUCUGGAGGGCUGUCUGACCUUCCAGAACCCAACACACAUAAACAACGGCAACUACACUCUGGAGGCCAGCAACCCUCUGGGAACAGUCACCAAGACAGUGUAUGGUCACUUCCUCGACAUCCUAGAUGACGACGACGACCUAGUGGAACUAGUUCCUUCAUCGCCGUCAGAUGGUGCAGGCCGACCAGAAGAAGAUACGUUUGGGGUUUCCAUCGCUGUGGGUUUGGCGGGCUUCGCUUGCGUCCUCCUCCUCGUCCUUUUUGUUCUCAUCAACAAAUACGGCCGGCGCUCCAAAUUUGGUAUGAAAGGUCCAGUAGCUGUGAUCAGUGGUGAGGAAGACUCUGCCAGCCCUCUUCAUCAUGUCAACCAUGGGAUUAUUACGCCCUGUACUCUGGAUGCGGGUCCUGAUGCGGUUGUCAUAGGGAUGACUCGUAUUCCUGUGGUGGAGAAUCCUCAGUACUUCAGACACGGACACAACUGCAACAAGCCAGCCACCCUUGUCCAGCAUAUAAAGCGGAGAGACAUCAUCCUGAAAAGGGAACUGGGUGAGGGAGCAUUCGGUAAAGUCUUCCUGGCAGAGUGUUACAACCUCAGCCCCACCAAGGACAAGAUGCUGGUGGCUGUCAAGACACUGAAAGAUCCCAACCUGUCGGCACGAAAGGACUUCCAGAGGGAGGCAGAGCUGCUGACCAAUCUGCAGCACGACCACAUUGUUAAAUUCUAUGGAGUGUGCGUAGACGGAGACCCUCUCAUCAUGGUGUUCGAAUACAUGAAGCAUGGAGACCUCAACAAAUUCCUCAGAGCCCACGGCCCAGAUGCCAUGAUCCUGGUGGACGGCCAGCCGCUGCAGUCCAACGGAGAGCUAGGCCUUUCCCAGAUGCUGCACAUCGCCACCCAGAUUGCCUCGGGCAUGGUCUACCUGGCCUCCCAGCACUUUGUCCACAGAGAUCUGGCAACCCGUAAUUGCCUGGUGGGCAAUGGCCUGCUGGUCAAGAUUGGAGAUUUCGGCAUGUCCAGGGAUAUCUACAGCAGUGACUACUACAGGGUUGGAGGACAUACCAUGCUACCUAUCCGCUGGAUGCCCCCAGAGAGCAUCAUGUACAGGAAAUUCUCCACGGAAAGCGACGUCUGGAGCUUCGGAGUCAUCUUGUGGGAGAUCUUUACCUAUGGGAAGCAGCCUUGGUUUCAGCUGGGUAACAACGAGGUUAUUGAGUGCAUAACCCAGGGUCGGGUUCUGGAGAGGCCACGGAUUUGUCCUAAGGAGGUGUAUGACAUCAUGCUGGGCUGCUGGCAGAGGGAACCACAGCAGCGACUAAACAUUAAGGACAUUCAGAAGGUCCUGUUCGCCAUGGGAAAAGCCACGCCGGUCUACCUGGACAUCCUGGGCUAGCAGCGUCCCGGUGGUGGCCCGUUCCUCGCCAGACAGAUAGAUCGACAGAGACAUACAGACAGACCGACCCACACGAAUCCAGGAAUAACCAAACCAACCUGCUCCACUGUCGAAAAACACCUACAAUGUUUGGGAAGGACUUAAGUGCCUGCAACACUUUUGGAUAUAGUGGAUAAAACGUAUUCAAAAAAACACGCACUUUUACAUUUUGUUUACUUGCGUAUAAGAUGUACAGGUUUGAAGAAGACUUUUUAUUUCCUUGAAAAACUGCAAAAAUGGAGACGAAAAGGGAAGUAAAGUAGACUGGCAAUAGGAAAAUGGCCACAGUUUGAUUAUAUGAUAGAGAGAACACAUCAGAGUUAAAAUCUAUCCUGGGUUUGGUUUUAUGAAUAUAUAUAGAAAUAUUACAUAUAUUUUAUAUUUAUUUCUUUUUGUCAGGGUGUUGAAGGGUCUGCCAUGUGUAUUGCUAAGGGCUCGGCCCUGUCCGAAGACGUCACCCACAAACUAUUGGCAGGGACUUGACGAUGGUAGCCUUACUUGCACUCUGAUAGGCUGGCUUUGAGCUUUUAAUGGGAACUCUGCUUCUGUGGAAUAACACUGGAUGGUUGAUAAAAAGGGAGCGCUCUGUAGAGGACCUACCCAAUCAGACAACCGACAAAUCUAUUUUAAUUUAAAAAUAAUGUACAUAUUGUAAAAUUCUAUGUGUCAAAAUUAUGUUAACUUAUUUUUUUGGGUGUUAUUUUGGUUCCUUUUCUGACUGUGAUCUGGGUGGCUAAAGUAUAGAGCUAUGAUAUUUGUUUUCAUCCUAAUCUAGAGGGGAUUUCUCUUGGGAAUUACCCGUGUCAGUGCUGGUAAGUUGUCUUAUGUGGUGAAGGUGAAUGACAGUUCGGAAAGUCCUCCAACACUGAAUCACAGAGACUCUGGAGAACGGGGGACGACUCAGAGCCAUCAACACGACACUUUUCCAAAGAGGUGAUGAGACCUCAAAUUCACUUUCCAGUUCAUUUGCUUUUUAUGGCAAGAAUAAUGCGUUGCUAAAUAGUAUCUUACACCACACCUCCAAACACAUACACACGCUUUGAGAAAUUGUAAUUUUCAGGCUUUUUGGUGUGAAACUGCUUUUCCAAAUCUGAAGAAAACAUUUUUUGUAACUGGAAGCAUAAAGUUAUUACACACAGUUAAAAAAAAAUCUGUAACUUAAAGGAAUAGUUUGUCAAAAAAAAUGUUUUUUUGCUGAGAGUUCGAUAGAUCAAUAUAACUGUCAGCUUAAUAUGAAGUUUAGCUUAGCUUAGCAUGAAGACUGGAGGGGGGGGGGGGUUUAAAGGCACCAGCCUUUGAACAAAGCCUUCCUCAACAGUUUGUAAUGUGUUCCACACUUUAGGUCAGAUCUCUCUCACGCAUCAGGCUGGAGCUGCAGUUUGCUUUUAAUUUGUGGAAGUGUCUGCAAGUGGCAUUCUCAUUUUGCAUUUUAGGGAGGGUCAUGCAAGUAACAGGAGGAGACAUGUUGACGGGUGGUGUGAUAUAAAAAUGACUUUAGAAGAAGGUGUUGGUGAAUGUUAAGGAUGAGCACGAAGCUAAGUUAAGAAGAAGUCAGUACUGUCGUUGCUGUGCUGGUUCAAUUUUAAUGGGAGCUGUAGUUUUUUGUAUGCUAAUAAAUUCAAAAUCAUUGCAUUUAACUUUGUUAAAAUCACAAACGUUUCAACUUCUAAUAGCAAAUGCUGUAGUGGAGGCUAAUGUCUCAGUGAACGGACUUAGGUUCUGGCUAGCAUCAUUUCCUUGCGCUACUUUCUGAUGGCUCUAUUUGAAAUCUUUUAAUGUGUACACAUUUUUUAAUUUACUUUUAACGCAACAUUUUUUAAUAUAUAAACGAGUCAGUAGGGGUUCAGUGAGUCCCUGAAGUGUGCUAGCUGUUUCCCCCUGUUGCCAGUCUUUAUGCUAAGAUGAGCUAACCAGCUUACUAGCUGGAAGUAGCUUCAAAUUAACUGUACAGAUACGAGAGUGGUACCAAUGUUCUCUUUCUGCAAGAAAUCUGAUUUCCCAAGCAUAUUUCCCAGAAUGUUAAACUGUUGAUUGAAAACAUUUUAGGUUAAAUACCACAAGGAUCCUUCACAAGCAGAGAAAAAGAAACAACAGGAUGGCUUCUUCCCUCGCAUUUCCUUAAGAACAACAAAAUAAAGACCUUCCUGUUUUAUUAUUCUGAUUUCUUUUUCAUCAGCUGUACAUGACUCACUCUUUGCUUCCUCGCACUCGUGGCCUUUGCAUGUUUAGCAAUGAUGAGGUUUCAUACCCAUCUGUUGCUUUGAUAAAAAACCUCUUCUGUUAUGACCAGAGAGGAGCCACUGAAGCAGGUAGAUACUUGUGUUAACGGUGCAUCAAAAAUAACAAUCACUCAAGUGGAUCAGCUAAGUGUGUGGUAUUAUGCAUUCCAUAUUUUUAAUAAUUGCAGUAUUUAAUGAGCUGGAAAACAUGAAGAGUUUUGUUCCAAAAUGUCACAGAAAUACAUGACCCUCCCCCCCAAAAAAAGCUCAACAGCAGAAAGAAAAAAACUAAAACCAAAUGAUGUUACUUUUAAAGAAUCGUUCAUAGUUAAGUGCUCAGUUCACAAAAUGAGUUAAUUUUACUGAGUGGAUCCUGUAAAUUUCUCAGACACUGAAUGACAAACCUCAGGCAACGAUUUUAUGUUAUGUUGUAUUUGGAUAUACAGCAUUUUGGAUCGGAACUCUUCACAUCUCUUCCUUAUUAUCUUGACAUGAAUUCUCACAGUAUCACAGUGUUGUCUCUGUUCCCCUUGGGACUAUGUAAAUCAUUAAUGAGCAUUCAGUUAUUUCAAGUAUUUUAUAUGAAAGGCAGGAUCAAAUCCAACGAGUUACCCAAAGCAUUGAGUUUUUUGUGUAUUCUCUUGUGGUAAAGAUAAACGCUUAAAGACAUUAUGACACAGACCGUGAGCAUUUGCAGGGUAUUGUAAUCCUUUCAUGGUGAGUUGAAUAUUGUUUAUAAAGUUUUCUUUCUUUCUUUCUUUUCUUGGAUGAACUAACUGAACACUUUUUGAAGCAAAGUUGGCAUAUUACCAUGUACACAUGUUACAGAAUAUAAAAAUGUGGUAUAACAACUGCAGUAUAUAAAAUACUGGUAUUCCAUGAUAGAUCUUUGUAUUAAUGUGACUCUCUUAAGAAAAUGUCUUCAAACAAUCA